AUGAAGCUCACAAGAUUUGCGCACCUAUGUGUCACUAUACACGCUGCAGCUGCGGCCAUCACACCAGGUAGCCUCAUAACAGUCACGGAGAAUGCAGACAAUACAAACGUGGCAGCCUGGUGGACUCCGCUUGAUGAGUUUGGCGGAUUCGAGUGGCUCGCGUACCUGCGAAACCCAACCUCAGGCUCCUUCUCCAACAACAACGUCAUGGUUGCCAGGCGAGACAUGACUUCUGGCGCAAUCAACCGCGACUGUCUGAAGAAGACAGCCUCUGGGGAUUGUGUUUUGUUCGCUGAUGAUGCGGGCCACAAUCAACCAAGUAUCGCUCUCGACGGUGAUGGCUUUGUCCAUGUCUUCACUUCAAUGCACAACAAUGCUUGGAGAUAUUAUCGGUCUGAUGAUCCGUAUAGCGCAAGCCUGGUCGACCAGAGUAGCACCAUGCCUGAUCAAAGUGUUCUCAUCACCUAUCCAGUGAUCAAAAGAGACGCUUCGGGUAACCUCUGGCUUGCUGUGCGCGGCGAUUCGGGAGAUGGUGUUGCCAGAGGCGGAUACCUUUACAAGUACGAGACGGCAAAGAAGACGUGGUCUCGUGUUACCAUCUGGGCCUAUCGAAAGGGUUAUUCGGUGUACCCAGACGACAUUCAGUUCUCAUCCGACGGGGAUGUUCAUUUGCAGUGGGAGUGGUCCAAGUACCCAGCUUCUGCCGGGCGACACGAGGGUAGCUAUCUCCGCUACAAGCCGUCUUCCGGAGAGUUCAAGACCGUCACAGGGGAUGUCGUCUCCGUGCCUGUUACUCAGUCUACCAGCAACGUGGUGUUUCAACCCCUCACCAACGGAGAAGCCUAUGGCGACAAUGGUGCUGCAGCACCACUCCUGCAAAGUGCCAAGCUGGCGAUCUAUGAGCAGCCCGCUGGCACUGUCCAUGUCCAACAUGCGUAUCGCUUCCAAAAUGUAACGGGAGGGCCAUGGCAGGUACGGCGAGCAGUCGGUGGUAGCGGAUCCCAGCCAUGGUCUCGGGAGAUUCUCUACGCCGACCAGGACACAAGUGCUGCCGUGGGAUUCACACACGACGGAACAACUGCCCGAAUCUACUACUGUCGAACUGGAGGCAGCACAUGGGUUCUCGAGAAGUCGGGUUCCACGCCGUGGGCAAACACUGAACUCGCCCCGGUCAAGGGAAAGGGCGUGCAGAGGCUUCAGGCGUUUAUGAGGCCAGAUGGCACUGAUAUUUUGUAUCUAGGGGCACCCACGAACGUGGAUGCCUCGACUGGCAGCGUGUAUCUGCUCUCGGUAAAGGGCAGGUAG